AUGGAAGGCACUCACUGCACCCUCCAAUUGCGUAAGCCCAUUACGGAACUCUGCUACAUCAGCUUCUAUCUUCCGAGGGGGGAAGUCAGAGGAUUUUCAUACAAGGGCACCAUAACUCUAGACAGAUCCAGUAAAGGGUUUCAUAACUGCUACCAAGUCAGGGAGGGAUCCGACAUCAACAGCCUCAGCCGGCAGCCGAACGAACAUGCGGGCGACAUAUUUUUCAAGCCAACUCCCACAAAAGACAUUCUAACUGAGCUGUACAAACUCACGGCCGAGAGGGAGAGACUGCUGGCCAAUCUGCUGAGCUCAGACCACAUCCUGGGCAUUACGAUGGGGAACCAGGAGGGGAAGCUGCCGGAGCUCUCUGUGAGCCUGGCCUCCGAGGACGACUGUUUCCAGAGUGCUGGCCACUGGCUGGGGGAGCCCGCCGUGGGCUGUCUCAGUAAGAGGAGCUCCCAGGGGAACAAAAAGGCCCGGAGGUUUGGUGGAAGGAGAGAGAGCUUUGAGGGGCUCUUUCAAAACUCCCUGCAGAAGAGGACAAGACGAAAGGGGCAUGGGGGCCAGGACUUGGCUCCUCUGAUGGGGAAGGACCAGAUCUGUUCCAGCAGUGCCCUUCCUCUUUCUCAAACAAGGCCUCAUGUUUGGCUCCUAGAGGAGAGAGGCAACUUGCUCCCGAAUAGGGCACUUACCUCUUCCCUACAGAGGAGAGGGAGCUGCACCCCAGGGAUCCCCAGGACACUGGAUGCUGACUCUGCCUUGGGGAGCUUCAAGAAGGCUUCUGAGUUUGCGGGGCAUGGAAGAGGCAGGCUGCCCCCUGAAUGCAGCUCCACAGAGCCAGGAGAUGAUGGUGCCGGGGGGCCAAAGAGGGGCCCUCGCAGGCUGGCGCAUCUGCAAACAGGUUCGACCAAAAGUCACAAGGAGCCCGAGAAACAUCCAGAGGCAGAGGGGGGCCGGACAGAGAAGGCUGCUGAACGGACUUGCAGGAAGAAGCCUAUUUCCAAAGUGGUGGCCAAAGUCCAGGAUCUGUCUGCUCAGGUGCAACGAGUCGUUAAAACGCAUCCUGAGGGUGAGGAAAGGGUUGCCGUUUGCCCAGCAGCGCAAGCUGAGUUCAUACCCAGCGCAGACUUGCUCACCCUCCCGGAAGCUGAGGCUGGGGCUUGGGGUGCCAGCUGCUGGGGCAAGGAGCAGCGAGGGGACAGGUCAUGGCAGCCAUCAGCUGAGGAGGGUCCCCUAGCCGGCACUGUGGGGGCUGUGAACAAGGUCCUCCUGAAGGUGAUAGAGAGCGAGAAAUUAGAUGAAGCCACUGAGGGGAAACGGCUGGGAUUUCCCUUCGGGACGACAGCCGCCCAUACCCUCCCAGAAACCAGGAGCAAGAGGGGAGCUGGGUUGCUUCUGAGUGGCCACAAAACCUUGUUUCUGGAUCUGCCCCGCGGUGUGGACCCUGGAGGUGAUGAGAAGAGGCCACCACCCCCAGCACUGGCAGCUCUCGGCACGGUAUUUAAUAAUUCAUCCUUUCCGUCCAGCACGCACAAAUGGAUGUCACCUGUUCCCUUGCCUCUCUCUCCAAGGCUCCCCAGCCCUCAGCAGUAUCACAGGAUCCUCCGGCCCCCCUCACUGCCUGCUGAGAGGGAAGCCGCUCUUGAUGACUCUCUUGGUAGAAAGAGCCGUGCUUUCUCUGGGUCACCCUCUGCUGACACCUUGGAGCCACCACUCUCUGCAAAGGUCACGGAGACCGAAGGAGCCCACUCGACCUCCCUCAGAGCAGGCCAACCUCGGUUGGUGCCUGGGGAACCUUUGGAAAAGAGCUUGGGGCCUGGGAGGACCGCAGCUCAGCCCCAGCACCGGUCACCUCCAGGCAUCCCUUCUGAGGGCUUCCCCCGGGACUGCCUCAGUGAGCAGACAGCAGCUAAAGACCUUCCCAGCAGGGAUGGAGGUGCGUGGGUCCUGGCCUACAGAGCAGGACCAGUCGGUCCAUUUCUGCUCCAUGAAGAAAGAGAGAAGCCCAACAGAAGCAAACUGUACUUGGAUCUCCAUCCUGACCACAGCCCCACUGAACAGGACGAUAGGACUCCUGGCAGACUCCAAGCUGUCUGGCCACCCCCAAAGACAAAAGACACAGAAGAAAAAGUGGGAUUGAAGUACACUGAAGCAGAAUACCAAGCUGCUAUUUUACACUUGAAGAGGGAGCACAAAGAAGAAAUUGAAAACCUGCAGGCUCAGUUCGAACUUCAAGCCUUUCAUAUCCGGGGUGAGCAUGCGGUGAUAACAGCGAGACUAGAAGAAACCAUUGAAAAUCUCAAAUACGAGAUAGAACACCGAUGGCGAGGAGGAUGUGAAGAGAUGAGAGAUGUGUGUGUCUCCACCGACGAUGACUGCCCUCCAAAGACUUUCAGAAAUGUGUGCAUCCAGACAGACAGAGAGACUUUCCUCAAACCCUGCGAAGGUGAAGACAGGACAACCAGAAGUAACCAAAUAAUACCCAAAAAGCUGAAUAUCUCCUCUUUAAGCCAGCUCUCUCCCCCAAAUGACAGCAAAGACACCAAUGUACCACUUCAAUCUGCGGAAAGCAUCUCAUCGAGUCAGCAGAAGGCAACACCUCCCCCUCCCCCUCCCCCUCCCGCACCACCCCUACCGGCAGCCAUCCCUCCCCCUCCUCCCCUCCCACCCGCACUUGGACCACCACUGGCACCUCCGCCACCACCUGUGAAUACUGGACCUCCCCCGCCUCCGCCACCUCCUCUGCCUCCAAGUGCUGGACCUCCCCCCCCUCCCCCACCCCCCCCACUUCCUCACUCCACCGCUCCGCCCAACAGUGGGGGGCCUCCUCCUCCUCCGCCACCCCCAGGACCUGCGCCUCCACCUCCUCCUGGACUCUUCUUCGGAGUCCACGCUUCUGCUAGCCAGUGUCCUCGGAAGCCAGCCGUUGAACCCAGUUGUCCCAUGAAGCCUCUGUACUGGACUAGGAUACAAAUAAGCGAUAAGAGCCAAAAUUCUACACCAACCUUAUGGGAUUCCUUAGAAGAACCUGAUAUUCGGGAUACUAGCGAAUUUGAGUAUUUAUUCUCCAAAGACACACCUCAACAGAAGAAGAAACCUCUGUCAGAGUCCUAUGAGAAAAAAAACAAGAUCAAAAAGAUCAUCAAGUUAUUGGAUGGAAAACGAUCUCAAACUGUGGGAAUCUUGAUAUCUAGUUUGCAUUUAGAAAUGAAGGAUAUCCAGCAGGCCAUUUUUAACGUGGAUGAUUCUGUGGUUGAUCUGGAAACCCUGGCGGCCUUAUAUGAAAACAGAGCCCAAGAGGAUGAACUCGUUAAAAUAAGAAAGUAUUAUGAGACAUCCAAAGAGGAAGAAUUGAAGCUACUGGAUAAACCUGAGCAAUUUUUACACGAGUUAGCCCAGAUCCCUAAUUUUGCUGAACGUGCCCAGUGUAUAAUCUUCAGAUCUGUCUUUUCUGAGGGCAUUACUGCCGUGCACCGAAAGGUAGAGAUCAUCACACGAGCUUCUAAGGGCUUGCUGCAAAUGAAGAGUGUGAAGGAUAUUUUGGCUCUCAUUCUGGCUUUUGGAAACUAUAUGAAUGGAGGAAAUAGGACUCGGGGACAAGCAGAUGGAUAUAGCUUAGAAAUUCUGCCCAAACUCAAGGACGUCAAAAGUCGGGAUAAUGGGAUUAAUCUGGUGGACUACGUUGUGAAAUAUUACCUGCGUUACUAUGAUCAGGAAGCAGGAACAGAAAAGAGUGUUUUCCCCCUGCCCGAACCACAAGAUUUCUUUCUGGCCUCCCAAGUCAAAUUUGAAGACCUUAUAAAAGAUUUGAGAAAACUGAAGAGGCAACUAGAAGCAAGUGAGAAACAGAUGGCAGUGGUGUGUAAGGAGUCACCAAAGGAGUAUCUGCAGCCGUUCAAGGACAGACUCGAAGAGUUCUUCCGGAAAGCCAAAAAAGAGCAUACAAUGGAAGAAAGUCACCUGGAGAAUGCACAGAAAAGUUUUGAAACAACAGUAGGAUAUUUUGGGAUGAAGCCAAAGUCUGGUGAGAAGGAGAUCACACCUAACUACGUGUUUAUGGUGUGGUAUGAGUUCUGCAGUGACUUCAAGACAAUUUGGAAACGGGAGAGUAAAAACAUAUCUAAAGAAAGACUGAAAAUGGCUCAGGAAUCAGUCAGCAAGUUAACAGCAGAGAAGAAAGUGGAGACAAAGAAAAUUAACCCCACGGCUAGUCUGAAAGAAAGACUGCGUCAGAAGGAAGCCAGCGUGAGCACCAACUAACACAGAGACACAGGAAAACAAUGACGGUGAGACGUAGUACUCUGCAUGAUCCUUUGUAACACCAGCGUUGCAAGAAGUUCUCGAAAGAUAUGUCACUAAAUGUUUAUUUUGCUCAUCUCUUUCUGAGCACCCCGUGCCUUCUUAAAGAAGUCCCUUGUUAAGCCAUAGGAACAAUGAAAAACUGCUGAAGAACUGUUUGAUAACUGUUUCUUCUAGAGGUCCAAAGUUCGCUCUGUUAUGAGACCAGAAGAAUUACCAAGAUUUUCCAAUUUUUUUUUAAAAGCAGAGAUUUCAAGCUUUCUAACCCAAACCUGAUAUAUAUAAACUUGUGACAGAAGAAGAGAAGGAUGUUUUGUGACAGUUGCCUUGAGCAAGUUCAAGCCUUGGUCUUUACAUACUGCUGGUUUGAUUAUUGAUCUUAAUUUUGAUCCUAUUGCAGCAAGAUCCUGAAGCACCCUUCUCGCCAAAAAUGUUGAAACUUACCAAAACUACUUUAAGAGUUCCAAGACUAUCUAUUUUCCACACUCAAAAAACGGUUAUUUUUUUCAUUGUUUUUUAUGUAACAGAACAGAAAAUGGAAUUAUACAUGGAUGGAGAAGGGGGUUAAAUAGCCAUAAACUUCAUCCUGGAGAACAAAUUAUGAUACAGGGAGUUGGCAUCAGCCAUUUAGCGAGACCCAUUCUUUUGUUUUCAUAUCAGUUCAUUGGGGUUUCCUGGACCACUAGGGAUUCUCCACCCCUUCUGUCCCAGAAGAAACUGUGAUACCUGAGUGGGGACAGACUUGGGGUCAAAGCACCUGCUUGGACGAGUGACCCAGUAUCAAUCAGAGCACAUCUCACACGUCAAAUCAUCUAUGCGUGGAUAACACCUUGUUGACCUACAGCUGAGCUGUACACCGUGUUCUGGGACCGGAUGUGGCUGGACCUCUCCCACCAACCCCAGGAGGCAGUUUCUAGACAGGAGAGCAGAUGCUACUUGCAGCCCUUUACCAUGACCUUGACCGACAGGCAUGUAACAUAUGGUGAAGCAGGGGUUUUUUAAUGUCAAAAAAAAAAAAACACAAAAAACUAAGGGCAGAAAAAGAGUUCUUUACAUCAAAAUGGGAAGAAGGUGAUUACAUUGAUAUUGAACUUUGAGUGGAACAUCAUACAUAGGCAGCUUUUUCUGACCCUGGAAGCCCAUGUGACCACUGCCUCUUGAGUCACAGGGAGACCACAUUGGACCUCUUUCCUAACAUUUUUUCCUUAAGCCACCACUCUUCUAGUCUAUCUAUCUUGUGAGGAGAGAAGAGAGGAGACUUGGGGUGAACUGAGAUGAAGAUCAAAGCCUAUCAGGUUUCAGCCUUGAAAGGAGAGAGGCCCAAGCUUUCUCCUCCAGUUGGUGGAGGACCGUCUAGAGAUGAGCAGAAACUUUAAAACCCUUCCCCAUCCGCCUGCCACGUGUGGCCUGCCCCUUGCCCCACCGUCUUCCCAGGCGCCUGAGUGUCUACCCAGGACAUGCCUGCUAGUCAUCAGCCCCCCUCAGGGACCCCAUAAUAGAUCUGGCCAAUGAAAGCAGCACCAUAUUCUAAUAGAAUGCCCAUUCGGGGAAUCAAGAAUGAACAAUCAGGAUCAAAUCAAGUCAUGAAGCCAUAUUCAUGCAGGUGCUAAUCACCUUUUCUAACAAUUCAAAAGAAAGGAAUAUAAUAAUAUGGUUUGGUUUUUUUCCCCCCAAAAAUAAAAGGAUGAGACAAGCAAAAUAGCAGAGCUGGUAAGAACUUACAUGACCAAAAGAAGUUGCUUGUGAGCGAGCUUUUCGUACCGCUUUCUUAGAUUGUUUCUCUUCAUUGUCACUUAAUGGUGAAGACGACCUAAGGAAUUCCUCGAUUUAAAACAAAUUCUACUUACAGCUACCCUGUGCUCUGUGACAGUCCUUCUAGUAUGAUCAUACAAAGGAAAAAGCGCCUGUUUUGCCCGUGCCUUGGGAAUUAACUUUGAGUUUAGUGAGAACAACAGAAGUCUAGAUCCUUAAUGGCUCCUUAAAGACUUGAUGGGAGAGAACAGCAGGAGGCUCUCAGUGGGGUCCCUGUAGCCCACUUCAGGGCUCUAAAUAGGAUGCUCACAAGAAAAUCACUGGAGGGAAGCAGGACUGUCGCUUUAUAACCCUACAAAAACAUUGCUCUCAGGGAACCAGUGCUGAAGAUUAAUGAGUGGAAACACUGAAUUUGAGAGUUAGACAAAUGCAGCCCAGGUUGGAUUUCAUCCUAGUGGACAGACUAGAAGUUGGCAGUCAAAUACCUAUUUCUAAAGAGCAACGUUUGCCUACCUCUGUUGGGGAAACCUAGUGAGUCCAAUGUAGUGAUAGUGUAUCACUACACUAGGCAGGAUCCCCAUUAUUCUCUCCCAGUUUGCAUCCUGCAUUAGGUAUCGGGACACCCUUCCCAAGUCCACACGUGGACUGCAUUGUGACAGCACCCUCAUUUCUAACUUGACUUGAUGCUCGGUAAAGGUUCACAAGACUUUGUUCAAGGUGGGCCAUCUAAAACAACCUGGAGGCCCUGAGAACAAGCCAUCCAAAAUGCAGUUGAGAUUGUAUUAACUCCAACAGGUGUCACUAAACUUUUCACGGAGAAGUAGUAGUUGGGGUACCACUUAGCAGCUUGGGCACUUCUGGCUGCUCUAAGCACAGCCCUGCCUGCACUAGAGGGACAGUGGCCAGUAUUUCUACUCUGCGUUUAACCAGACACUCACACCUGACCUACUAGUCAGACUCGGAGAAACCUUGACUUAAAACAACAUCACCUCUUCCUAGCCAAGGUUCAUUAAAUCUGAGGACACAGCAGAUAGCAGUUCAGAUUCCUGCAUGAGUAACUGGCAUAAUCAUCAAGCACACAAGUAUAUAAUAUAUGACACGAAAGCAUGAUAUAAACACGUUAGUUAAAAACAUAGGCCUGUGAGGUAUCAAUAAUCAAGUGAGGAGAAGGUGUGCUGUAUGGUUUUUUAACCCAAGAAGAGGCAGCUUAUGGGAGGGGGCGUGGUGAAGGGAAGAGGUGGCCAAGAAGAAAUGGAUGAUGUGGUGAUGGUUGAGGCCCAGGGGUCACAGGUGAUGGACCUGCUGCCCAACAGUUACCUCUUGAAUCUUUGGUUGAUGUCUGUGAUUCCUCUUUAAACAUUCAUUGCAACUACCUAGGAACUAUGAAGAGAGAAGGUCUGAAAUCUGGGAAGUAGAAUAAGGAAAUCCAGUGGUGCUCUUCCAUCUUUAAAUGUUCUAGCCGAAACAAAUUGGCAACGUGGUUGAGGAACUGACUGCCUGAUUGGGUGCUGGUCUCUGAUCCCCUCUUCUUUCCGGUAAGAAUAGUAGAAGCUGCACGCCUGCUCAGCCUCCCUUAGGCACCUCCUUUUCUCAUAAGUACUAUAAGGAAAGGCAUUUCCCUAAAUGAUAAGCUCCUAUGCUGCUGGUGGAGAACCCGGAAGAACUAAAGGAAGGAAUAAAACUCUUUGGUGCUAUUGGAAACCUCCAGCAAGAUGAAGAAGUCAUUGGUAUAGUCCUUCCAAGACCAUGAUUGGAUGUAGCAAAAGAGACGUAAGUUUAUUUUUGGUAAAGAUUUGCUUGUUGGACUGGGAUUGCACAUCUCUCUCUAGAUUAUACCACUUGUAUGGAGGAAUUUUCAUUUUACUUCUAUUCUUGCUUUCUUGGACGUCAUAUUUUCUCAUUUCUAUUUCUGCUUCUUUCUUGCCUGGUGUCAUUGACGCAGAUCAUUGCAUGCACUAGCACAGCAAACAGCACAUAGACAGCCAGUGUAGGAAGGGGAAUUAGCAGUACAGACCUGCAGGCUCUUUUCCAGUAACCAGGCUGUAACAUUGACAUGGGAACUGCUUCAUUCCCUGACAUUCUAAAUUGAUCUCUUUUGUAGUACUGCACCCUUGCCAAACAAAGAUAAAACCAAUUUGGGGCUUUCUAUGUUAAGGGGAAGGAAGAACUGCACAAAAUACAGCUUUUUCCCCCAAAAUACCUGAUGCAAAUAUCAAAUAUCCAAUUUUAUAAAUUAGUUUAAAUAGUCUAAAAAUUGCUAACAAGAACUCAUUAGAUUUGAGCUUCAUUUUUCUUUGAUCCUGCCUGUUCUUAUCAGAAAAAAAAAAAAAAAAAAAA